GGGGCUCCGGGCGGCUCCGGCGGCGGCUCUGCCCUCGCUCGGCGGCGGGGAGCCGAGCAUCAGCAAUGGCGGCAGGGGCCGGGAGCCGCGGCGCGCCGCUCCUCCGCCUGCCCAGGCAGGCACUGCACUAGGAGGGGAAGCGCGGAGCUCGCAGGGGGGCUGGUUUCCGGCGGGUUAUUUAUUUCUUCCCUCUCGCCCAAGUUCCCAGCGGAGCGGGCUGGCCGGCACCUGCGCCCCCCGCCUGCCUCCCGCAGGGUGAGAGGUGUGGGGAGGCCAUGGAAAGCCCCGCCGAGAACCCCAGUAAGGCGGCGGAGUACCUGAAGGAGCUGAACAAGAUCAUUGAGACACAGCAGGAGCUGCUGGAGAAGCAGAAGCGGAGGAUAGAUGAGCUGGAGCAGCAAGUGGCCAAGUUGUACCACGAAAACGCCUGUCUCCAGGACGAGCAUCACCGGCACCUAGCCACAUGCAGGCUGCAGCAGGGCGGCCACCCCGCGCUCCCGGGGCCGCUCGGCGCCAUCCCGGAGCACGCUAGGCACGACAAGUCUGAAGGAGACAGUUCAAGAAGCCUCAGGUCUUUAAAUACUUUGCACCAGUUUUGCUGUCCAGCUCCAUUGUACCAUACCCAGCUAGCUGUCCCUGCCACACACUCAGAGUACAGUGUUGAGGGUGAAGCCCCAAGCAGCGAAACUGGCACAUCUUUGGAUAGCCCCUCUACUUACCAUCAAGGACCUAUAACACACAGCUCAGCUCUCAGUCCAGACCAUUACGAUCACUCUGCUUACGGGCUGUAUUCUGUCUCCCCUGGACAACAAAGAUCACGGAGGCCAAAACUUCAGCACUCAACAUCCAUACUGCGAAAACAAGCAGAGGAAGAAGCUAUUAAAAGGUCAAGAUCUCUUUCUGAGAGCUAUGAACUCUCUUCAGAUCUACAAGAUAAGCAGGUGGAAAUGCUAGAACGGAAGUAUGGAGGCCGUCUCAUAACUAGACAUGCUGCUCGUACCAUACAAACAGCUUUUCGCCAGUAUCAGAUGAACAAAAACUUUGAGCGUCUGAGAAGUUCUAUGUCUGAAAAUCGUAUGUCAAGACGCAUUGUACUGUCCAAUAUGAGAAUGCAGUUUUCCUUUGAAGGACCUGAGAAAGUCCAUAGCUCUUACUUUGAAGGAAAACAAGUUUCUGUUACAAACGAUGGGUCAAAGCUGGGAUCCCUGGUACCAUCUGAAUGUGGUGACCUGGGAGAGUCAGCUACAAUGAAGUCUCCAGCAGCAUCUACUGAUUUUGCUGAUGCUAUCACAGAACUAGAGGAUGCUUUUUCCAGGCAGGUGAAAUCCCUUGCAGAAUCCAUUGACGAUGCACUGAAUUGCCGCAGUCUACAUUCAGAUGAAGUCCAGACUCCGGAUCAAGUCAGAAGUCGUGACAUGGAGAGGGAUAGUUGUGCUCAAACUAAACCAGCCAUUCACAAUGUGGAUCACAGGAAGCUUGAUGAGAUGACAGCAUCAUACAGUGAUGUUACGUUAUAUAUUGAUGAGGAAGAGUUAUCUCCGCCCCUUCCACUUUCCCAGUCAGUAGACAGACCGUCCAGCACAGAAUCUGAUUUGAGGCUCCGGUCUGUGAACUCUUCUCAGGAGUAUUGGUCCAUGACCCACAAAGAUGAUAAGAUAGACACUGAUACAAGCUGCAGGAGUACCCCAUCCCUGGAAUGUCAGGACCAGAGGAUGAGAAUGGAUCACCUACCAUUGCUAACUAUAGAGCCACCCAGUGACAGUUCAGUGGACUUGAGUGAUCGCUCUGAGAGGGGUUCACUAAAGAGACAAAAUGCCUAUGAUCGAGGGAUCACUGGUCAACAAGGAAGCCCAAAACACAUCCCUCACAGUAUUCCUGCCAAGAUUAUAUCCCGAGAGGAACAGGAGGCCAGACAUAGGGCUAGGCCUAUAGAUAGUCAUUUAGCUAUCAAUGGCACUGCAAACAGGCAAAGCAAAUCAGAGUCUGAUUAUUCUGAUGGAGACAAUGACAGCAUCAACAGCACUUCCAACUCUAAUGAUACAAUAAAUUGCAGCUCAGAAUCUUCUUCUAGAGACAGCCUAAGGGAGCAAACCUUGAGCAAACAAACCUACCACAAAGAAACUCGUAACAGCUGGGAUUCCCCUGCCUUCAGUAACGAUGUUAUCAGGAAACGCCAUUAUAGGAUUGGACUGAAUCUCUUUAACAAAAAACCUGAGAAAGGAGUCCAAUACCUGAUUGAGCGGGGUUUUGUGCCAGACACGCCAGUUGGGGUUGCCCACUUCCUGCUGCAGAGGAAAGGCCUCAGCAGACAGAUGAUCGGAGAAUUCCUGGGAAAUCGACAGAAGCAGUUCAACCGGGAUGUGCUGGACUGUGUCGUGGAUGAGAUGGACUUCUCAACAAUGGAACUGGAUGAAGCACUCAGGAAAUUUCAGGCUCAUAUCCGCGUUCAAGGAGAAGCCCAGAAAGUCGAAAGGCUCAUUGAAGCUUUUAGCCAGCGAUACUGUAUCUGCAAUCCAGGUGUUGUGAGACAAUUUAGAAACCCUGAUACCAUCUUCAUUCUAGCCUUUGCCAUCAUACUGUUAAACACAGAUAUGUACAGCCCAAAUGUGAAACCAGAACGCAAAAUGAAGCUAGAAGAUUUUGUCAAGAAUCUAAGGGGUGUGGAUGAUGGCGAGGAUAUCCCCCGAGAAAUGCUGAUUGGGAUUUAUGAGCGAAUCCGCAAACGGGAACUGAAGACAAAUGAGGAUCACGUAUCCCAAGUGCAGAAGGUUGAAAAACUCAUAGUGGGAAAGAAGCCGAUUGGAUCUCUGCAUCAUGGACUUGGCUGUGUCCUCUCGCUACCCCACCGGAGGCUGGUUUGCUACUGUAGGCUGUUUGAAGUUCCAGACCCAAAUAAACCUCAGAAGCUUGGACUGCACCAGCGAGAAAUAUUUUUAUUUAAUGAUCUUCUUGUGGUGACCAAGAUUUUUCAGAAGAAGAAGAACUCUGUUACAUACAGUUUUCGACAGUCAUUUUCCCUCUAUGGAAUGCAAGUUCUUCUGUUUGAGAAUCAGUAUUAUCCCAAUGGUAUUCGGCUCACAUCAGCUGUUCCGGGAGCAGAUAUCAAAGUACUCAUAAAUUUCAAUGCACCAAAUCCUCAGGACAGGAAGAAGUUUACAGAUGAUUUGAGGGAGUCAAUUGCAGAGGUUCAAGAAAUGGAAAAGCACAGAAUAGAGUCUGAACUAGAAAAACAGAAGGGUGUGGUGCGACCAAGCAUGUCUCAGUGCUCCAGCCUGAAAAAAGACUCUGGCAAUGGGACACUGAACAGAGCUUGCCUGGAUGACAGCUAUGCCACUGGGGAGGGGCUGAAGAGGAGUGCACUGAGCAGCUCCCUGAGAGACUUGUCUGAAGCAGGCAAGCGUGGGAGACGCAGCAGUGCAGGAUCGCUAGACAGCAAUAUGGAAGGGUCCAUCAUUAGCAGUCCUCACAUGCGCCGAAGAGCUACAUCAACCCGAGAGUGUCCAUCUCGCCCUCACCAGACUAUGCCUAACUCCUCCUCACUCCUAGGUUCCUUAUUUGGUAGUAAAAGGGGAAAGCCACCUUCCCAAGGCCAUCCACCAUCCGGCUCAUCACAGCAACCUCCGCACCCUCCAGUAAUCCCACAUCAGCAACACUCACAGCAUCCUUCUGCCAUGCAUCACGCGGGGCCAGGCGAGGGGCAGACGCAGGCCCAAGUGCACUCUCACCAUUCGCAGUACUGCCACAUGCAGCAGAACCCACCGCCCUACCACCACCACCACCACUACCACCCUCCCCAGCAUCUCCAGCACCCACACCAGUACCACCAACACGUGCCCCACUCCCAACACGCGGCACACUCCCCACACACACCCUACAUGCAGCACCCUCACUCUCAGCAUUCCCACUCCCCUCACCCACCGCCGCACCCAGCACACUCUUCUCAUCCUCAGCAUCACCAUGGGCCACCACCGCCCCCCUCCACUUCAGCCAGCACUAAGCCCAAACACAGUGGCAUCAGCACAAUAGUCUAGAACAUAUUGACCCUCCUAAUAACUGUAGUUUUAAACCAAGUUACAAAGGCACUUACAGGAAGCACCAAGUAAUAUUGUCAGUUUUUACCUAGAUGAUUUAAUUGAGUUGUGUGAGCUUACAGGCUUGCUGUUACUAAAUAAAAUAAUUCAAGUUAGCGCAGUCAGUACUGGUUUUACUUAUCUACUCAAUAGAACUUCACCAUCUGGUUAGUUCUUACUUCCAAACUGCCUUGAAAACGUGCUGUUUGCUGCAUAUGAGUAAAGCGACCUUUCCCACCAAAUCCCUUGGCAAUUUUACCUGCAUAAUAAAAACUUAGUCUAUGGAAAAAGGGACAAAGUGAUACAGAACCAAGUGUUGCAUUCUUGCUCUUUUAUUGUCAAUGGGCAAAAUAAAUAAGUAGACCUGAUAUGGUUGAUGAAAGUACGUAAGUAAACUUUAUAUAAUAUAAAUAUAUACAUAUAAAUAUAUAUAUAUACUGUAUAGUUAACAUUUGUGCUUGGAAAGAAUUUUUUUCAGUCCACAAAACUAGCAAUAUAGACCUUACAAGGAAUUCCACUUACUUGAUAGGACAGUAUAAUAGACGAAUAGCAUAUGAAAGAGUAGACCAAAAACAGUAAAUGUUAGAAAGAAAUCUCAGACACGUCAGUAUUUUCACUUCAAGUCCUCAGGACUUGCUAAGGUUUCUAAGCAAUCAUUACUAAAUGUGCCAAGUAACAUAGCAUUUAAAUGUUGUAGUCCAAUACUGCUUUGUAUAAAUCCUUAUUUUAUUAACACGAUAAUAUCAUACGUAAUCAGUAUUAUAACUGCUCUGCUAUUUCAGGUAAGCAAACUCGUUACGAUGCAGUAAUUCUACCGUAGCAAUGUAGGGUGACCCUUGCCCACUGGUCAUCUUGAAGCAUUGGUCACACAAGUUCUUAGACACUUUAAAGGCUGUGAUAACUGUGAAUUUACAUGAUCCACAUUUCUUUUGUACACGUAUGAUUUCAGGAACACACAUGAAGAGUGACGACAGGUGCAUGUACACACUGCAAAAACAUUCAUCUCAAACAUGACAAUGGCAAACUUCCAUCUUCCUCAGCUACUUUGUUUCCUCUUCACCAUAAUUUCUCAUUUUUACCCCCAAAGAAGCUGAAUUCUAGUCCGAGCAUUUCCAGGGGGAAGUGCUCUAAAACUUGAAGGUUCGUUUUAGACUUUAGUAUAGGGUUUUUAUAUAUAUAUAUAAAAAAUAUGUAAUUCCAUGUAGCCAUGUGCUAGCAACAAAGUGGCUUCACCAUUUUUACUCAUCACAUUUGUAAGUUUGAAAGUACCCAGCACUCAGCAGGCUGAGAUUAUGCUCAAACCCUCACGUUCAUAGUCCAGUUAGUGGCAAGACAUCACAUAAAAAUAGGCUGUGCUGUUGUUGCUUAUGUGUUGUAAUCAAACCAUUUGCAAAUUGAUGUACAGUUUUUAUCCCGAAAUCCUGUACAAAGUUAUACAUGGCGCCUACUUUGUAGUUUCAGCAUUUUGAGCCACUGCAAGGACUUUACACCUAAACAGUAGAGACAAAGGAAUCACAACUGCAAAACUGUACCAGCCUAAAAGCAAACCUUGAAGAGGAUGAGCAAAAAGUUCCAGUAUGAGAUGGGUAAAAGUAAUUAUAAUAACAACCAGUCGAGUUUCUAUUUAAUGGUAAUAAAAUGGUCAGAAAUGAUGAAGACAUGAAAACAAGAGAGUGACUUUCCAUAUUGGCUUGCUCAUGGCAUCUCUAAUAUCGGGGGGGAGGGCGGAGAGGAUGAGUAAUUUUUUUUCCCUUUCAUGCCAUCAAUGUCACAAUACCAGCAAACUGCAAACUGAGCACUUUGUUAACCUCCACAGAGGGCAAAUACAGCAAUCUAGAGUUUAGCCUUUUGUUUCAAGCUGUCCACGUUUGUUCCACACAUGUGCAAUACGUUUUCCCCUUUCUGCUCCUUCUCCUCUGACUUACCUUCAUGAAAAUACAAGAGUAAUUGCAUUAUGAUUUUUAAGUAUCACUCAUUCUGUUCCGAAUUCUGCGGCUCACCUUAAGAGGGCUCCCCUGGGUCCCUGAGGCUCUGUUCUUUGCAGUUUAAAAAAUAUAUACUGUUCUUAUAAGGGAAAGUAGAACUGUCUGCAUGUCAUCUAAUGUUAUUAGUGUGAGGCUACACUCUACAUAUUGUAUAUUUGCAAAAUAUAUCUGUUACUGUUGAUAUUAGUUGAAGUAAAGUGAUAACAUAUUUCAAUAUGUAGACUUUUCUUCAUACAUCUGUACCAAUAGUAGAGUCUAACUGUAAUUUAUAGGUUGUUCCAGAAAAGAUAAAGAACCAUUCAGGUACAAACAUCUUUCAGAAACUGCAUCUUUUAAUUACAACAGAGGUAAGAAUGCUCCUCUUCACUGAGUGACGGAGUCUGUCCUUGGUUCAGAUGCAGAGUUGUAAGUAAAAGGCCUGUGUAUGGAAUAGGUGCAAAACAUGCGGUAGCAGUGGAGAGGAAAAUCCAACUCUGGUGUGGUAAUUAACAGUGAUGGUGUUCAGUCUCCCAGGUCUGCAUUUGCUUUAUGUUUAAAAACCCCUUUAAUUCAUUUAAAUUAGAGCUACAUAUAAGUAAUUUAAAUUUUCACAGGAAGCCACAUUGCUUGACCACUGAUUUUCCAUGUGCAAUCGAUUAAACAUUCAGGAGAUGUCAAAAAUGCGCAUGCAGAUACUACUUACAUGUGAUCUCGUGUCAACGUGGGGAAAGAGAUUGUGCAUUAAGUCACAUGUGUGAAAUCACAGAUCAUUUGGGGCUAGUUUGUAGAACAAAACUGGUCACAGAAGAGCACAGUGUAAACUCCAGUAUUUCAAGUCAAUGAGGAGAAACAGUGCACCAGAUUUUUUCUUUUGUUUUUUUAGACUCUGUUUGUGUGUACUUUAAACAAACAAAUGUGUCUGGGUGACAGCACAAGUCUUCAGAACUUUGCUGCUUCUUACGGCUGUAGUAUAACCUCUCUGGCUCCAUCCUUCAUUAACAAUUGCUUAGAGCAGUGGGGACCAUGCCUAGAACAGGGAAAUGUUAGUACUGAAAUAGGGUUAAGAAAAUGAAUUGGUUUUGGCCUGCAGGCAGGAGUAGAACUGAGAGGGGAUUUCCUAAGAUGCCAUUGCCAAGCAAAAACUGGUACAGAACUGCACAGUGACCACGGGUUCUUUUUCCCAUCAGUGAUGCGGCAAAGUAGUCAUGCUGAUUUGAACAAAUGAAAGGAAAACAUGAAUGAAGGUGUGGCAACAAAAAUCUUUUCUGGGACAACAAUCAAAUAUAUAUUUGGGGUUUUUAUUUUUUUAAGUUAAGAAUGAAAUGUAAAACAAUGUAAAAAAAAAAAAACAAAACAAAAAGCAAAGUUCAUCCUAAUAUAAUGUGCGUCUUGUAUUGCUAAAAAAAGCCAAGUCUAACAUGCGGUGUAGAAUGAUUUUCCCAUCAUGUACUGCAUGCAGCAGAAGCCUCUUGUUUCUUGAUAAAAUGAGCUGAAAGACAGUCAGCAGAUAUUUAAACAAUGAAUCUCUAGAUGUUGACUUGCUGUUCCAUAUGAAGCUGUGUGUUUUCUGCAGUUAAGCAUGCAUUUUGCUGUUCCGUUGUAAAAUACCAUCGCACUUCUUGCCUGCAAAAUGGAUUAUUGUGUAUAUAUUUAAAAGAAAAGUGGAACCAAUAACAAGAUCAAAUUUGGGAGAGAGAAAAGGGGGCGGUGAAAACGGGACCAGUGGGGGGAAUAGAGAAUUCUCUAAAUUGUACAUAGUGUGUAAAUUAGCAUUACUCUACGUCUGCAGUCACUUUGAGGUUGCCUAUUUCCUGCUAGGAACUUAAAUCAGCUUUGAGUUGUAUUAAACUGUUAGAAUUAGGUCUUGAAUGCAGACUCUUAGAGACUUCAAAAACCAUUAUGCUUACAAGAAGCUUCUGUUCUGGGGAGGCUUGAGACCCCUUUUGUAACUCUGGGGAAGAAAGGAGUGCUUUCAUUUUAAUAUGCAUUCUGUUUGUAAGUAGUAACAGACCCUAUUGAUGUAAAACUAUAACUGUGGUCAUGUGGAGAAAUCAAAUAAAUCAUUUAAAACUC